UCACCGUCUUAUGCUGCGUACUGUUCUAAUUCCUAUCCAUUGAUUGGGGAAAAGAUUAGAAAACCAAUCGUUUUCCAUGGCACAAGAUGGCCCCAACCCUAAACCCUCCAUUACAGAACAAGCACAAAGCUCUGGCGGAUGCGCCAUUCUGGUUUUUGUCGCCAUCGAUCACCACAAGCGAAAUUCCAAUUGUUUCUUCGCCCACAUUCUGUAGGAGCGCUACUACAUAUCCUCCACUGCCAACGAUUGGUUUGAGGAAGGAAGGUGUUCUACUGUGAGUUAUGAUCAUCGAGCUCUGGUUAUUGAUGGGAAGAGAAGGGUUUUGCUCUCUGGCUCCGUUCAUUAUCCUAGAACUACACCUGAGAUGUGGCCAGAGAUUAUUAGACUGUCGAAGGAAGGAGGGUUGGACGUGAUUGAAACUUACGUGUUUUGGAACAAUCAUGAGCCUGAGAGAGGGCAGUACUACUUUGAAGGCAGAUUUGACUUGGUGAAGUUUGUCAAAACAGUUCAGGAAGCUGGUCUUCUGGUUCAUUUGCGGAUCGGUCCUUAUGCUUGUGCUGAAUGGAACUAUGGAGGAUUUCCAAUGUGGUUGCAUUUCCUUCCUGGGAUUCAGUUCCGUACCAAUAAUGCAAUAUUCAAGAAUGAGAUGAAGCGGUUUCUUGCAAAAGUUGUGAACCUGAUGAAGGAGGAGCGUCUCUUUGCCUCACAAGGCGGUCCGAUCAUUCUUGCCCAGGUUGAGAAUGAAUAUGGGAACGUGGAGUCAUCAUAUGGGCAACCUGGGGAGUUGUAUGUUCAAUGGGCUGCAAAAACUGCUGUCAGUUUGAACACCACUGUUCCUUGGGUGAUGUGCGCACAAGGCGAUGCUCCAGAUCCAAUAAUAAACACAUGCAAUGGGUUUUACUGUGAUCAGUUCACUCCAAAUUCUCCUUCCAAGCCUAAAAUGUGGACAGAGAACUAUAGUGGAUGGUUUCUUUCAUUUGGUUACCCCAUCCCAUACCGACCUGUCGAGGACUUGGCUUUCUCUGUUGCUCGGUUUUUCGAAUAUGGUGGCACAUUUCAAAACUAUUAUAUGUACAGUAUUUUGGUGGAACAAACUUUGGGCGAACAGCUGGAGGCCCUCUGGUCGCAACAAGCUAUGACUACGAUGCACCAAUUGAUGAAUAUGGUUUUAUUAGACAACCAAAGUGGGGCCAUCUCCGAGACCUGCACAAAGCGAUAAAGCUAUGUGAGGAAUAUCUCAUAAGCUCAGACCCAACACUUGAGAAACUAGGCCGAAACUUAGAGGCGCACGUUUACUACAAAUCUUCCAACAGUUGUGCAGCCUUUCUUGCCAAUUUCGACAGCAUUUCUGAUGCCAGAGUCACAUUCAAAGGGAAUGAGUAUUUCCUUCCUGCUUGGUCUGUGAGCAUACUUCCAGACUGUAAGAAUGUCGUAUUCAACACAGCAAAGGUUGUUUCACAAAGGCAUCCUGCUGAAAAUGCAUUCACUAGAUCAACUAGUACGCACGAGGUUUCACUCGCUACAUCAGAUUGGAGCUGGUACCAAGAAUAUGUUGGAAUCUGGGGGACCAACUCAUUUACCAAGUCGGGACUAUUGGAGCAGAUCAAUACCACCAAAGACACCAGUGAUUUUCUUUGGUACUCAACCAGUAUAUAUGUCAAUUCGACGGAAGAUAGGGAUGGCUUCUUGAAUGUCCAGAGCAUGGGACAUGUAGCACUGGUCUUUGUUAACAAGAAGCUCCUAGGUCUUGGAUAUGGUAACCAUGACGAUGAAAAAUUCUCAAUCGCUCAGAGGAUCAGCCUUGAAGAGGGUAUAAAUACCCUGGAUAUUUUGAGUAUGAUGGUUGGUUUGCAGAACUAUGGACCCUGGUUCGACGUUCAAGGAGCUGGGAUUGACGAAGUUGUUCUUGCUGGCUUCAUGAAUGGCAACCGUGACAUUUCUUCUCAAAAUUGGACCUAUCAGGUGGGGCUCAAAGGAGAACACCUUGGACUGGAUAAAAUCAGUUUGGCAAACAGUUCAUACUGGAGUCAUGGAAGUUCUCUCCCUGUUGCUAAUAGUUUGAUAUGGUACAAGACCACAUUCCUUUCUCCACAAGGGAAGGGACCUUUAGCUCUAAACCUAUCCAGCAUGGGAAAAGGUCAGGCAUGGGUGAACGGGCAUGGCAUUGGUCGAUAUUGGCCAGCCUAUCUUUCCCCUCCCACUGGUUGCACUGAGAACUGCGAUUACAGAGGAAAUCAUGACUCAUCUACUUGUCAAAGGAAAUGUGGCCAACCCACUCAAACAUUGUACCAUGUGCCGAGAGCCUGGGUUCACAGCGGCGAAAACCUGCUCGUCUUGCACGAAGAGCUGGGAGGCGAUCCGUCGAAAAUCACGGUCCUGACACAAACCGAUGCAGAAGUUAUAUGUUCAGUGGUCUCAGAGGACGAUCCUCCCCCAGUCGAUUCGUGGAAGCCGAACACUAAUGAGCUCGUAUCUCGUCAGAGCCAGCCCGAAGUUCGCCUUGCCUGCAGCGACGAACGACGGCUCAUUUCGUCGAUAAACUUUGCCGGCUUCGGGAACCCUGGUGGGAACUGUGGCUCAUUUGUUCCCGGGGAUUGCCAUGCUGACAUGUCGAGCUUCGUACGUAAGGCUUGUGUUGGGAAGAAAGGAUGCUCGAUCCCGGUGAUGACAGAAUCAGAGGAGCUUGAUGAUGGUCUUUGUUCUGGCCUUGUGAAACGGUUUGCAGUUGAAGCAGUUUGUAGUUAAGUGAGAACUUAGAAGUGUUCUCCAGUUAUUUAUAGGCACCAUUGUAUUGAUCGUCGUGUAAUUCAGUCCUCUCCGUCGCCGUCGCCGUCGGUCAGCUCAGGCAACCGGAAAACAGUAUCCGAUUCAAUAUAUCGCGUAAAUGUCACGAUAUGUCAUCAAUAUAUCUUUCUCGGCCGUUAUCGAGUUCCGGUUGCUGAAACGUUUCGCGUACCAGUGUUUUUAUUUCCGUUUUUUAGUUUUUGUUUUCGCGCGUGUUUGGCCGCUUAGUUUUGUCAAUAGGCCAUUGGCCAGCGUGGGCUUUUAGUGGCUAGGUUAUGGGUGCUGUGCAUACUAAAAAGGCCUGAGGCCCAAGUUGUGGGGCCUGGAUAAACUAAUACAGGCCCGUUUCCCAUAUUCCAACGAGGGGGAAACAGAG